AUGGCGUCUUCUUCCUCUUCCAGCCAUGGCAUUUUGAACCAUCCUCCACCCUCUCACAACAUUCCUUCGCGGACGCCCGUUCCUCAAACUGCUGAUUCGGACUCUGCUGCCCCGUCCUGCGCAUCAUCUUCACCGUCCGCACCGGAGACAUCCAGCCUCGCCCCACCGAUCUUAGCACCUCAGACUCAGCUCGCUCAGUCUCAUCUUUCUCAGCUCCCUCCAACUCCUCCACCCUCAGCUUCCACUGUCGGUACAUCACUCCUCCAGGACUAUGCCUUCAAUAUAGACCCUUCUCAGACGAGGAACGAGACUCACACGAGUGAUUCCGCUGUCGGACCCUCCAGCUCCAGCAAAACCACAUCGCAAAAGGUCGAGCGCACUCGGGGAGACACAUUGCCUUCAUCUCCAUUUCUGGCUUUUCGCUCCAAGGCAUCGUUGGGUAAUCAUCGCAAAAACGCCCUUUCCAGCGACUCGAUCCCUCGUCAAACCAUCAUGAAGGCGCUAGCAUCCCGACAAUCCAUGUCGAAUAACAACAACAAUCCUAACAUGCCGCUGGCGGCCUCUCUGGGGCUUCUUCCCAACAGCUCCAAUCCCAGCCCUCCGGAAGACAAGGAGCGGCGAUCGAGUAAUCCGUCGUCGCAAAAAUUAUCCGCUGCGCUUUCCAACUUACAACUCGGUCAAUAUUUAGAAAACGCCCCUUCGAAUGCCCGGUUGGCCCUGCAAUCUCCCUGUUUCUUCCACAAACGAUUCGAUGACGCCGUAAAUAUCCAGAAGGUGCUUGAAGAAAUCCAAGAUGACGAGUGGUUGUCCCCGUCGCGCUUGAUGCAGACGGCAACAGGAGUGCGUGAGGUUUCAAAGCAACUGCAGCGACGACCCAUAAAACGUGCGGUAAAGACCGUCAUGAUUGUUACCAAGGCGAGGGAUAACAGCUUGAUACCAUUAACUCGCGACGUGACCGAGUGGCUUCUCUCCACACCUCGAUAUGGGAGCGACCUGGGUGUCAAUGUCUACGUCGAUGCCAAGUUGCGCAACUCCAAACGGUUCGAUGCGCCCGGGCUUUUACAAAAGGAACCUCGGUACGAAAAUAUGCUGCAUUACUGGACUCCAGAUCUUUGCUGGACAGCUCCGGAGAAGUUUGAUCUCGUCCUCACCUUGGGAGGAGAUGGUACCGUGCUCUUUACUUCAUGGCUGUUCCAACGCAUCGUGCCCCCGGUUUUCUGUUUCUCCCUGGGCAGUCUGGGAUUUUUGACUAAUUUUGAGUUCGAAAACUACAAAACCCAUCUGAAUGCCGUCAUGGGCGAUGUUGGGAUGCGAGUCAAUCUGCGGAUGCGCUUCACUUGUACAGUAUUCCGCAAGGAUAGGAGUAAGGGUGCCGAAGCGGGCGCAGUCGAAGAAGGUGAACAAUUUGAGGUUCUCAACGAGUUGGUCAUCGACCGGGGUCCUUCGCCAUACGUGUCAAAUCUCGAACUUUAUGCCGACAAUGAUCUUCUUACUGUGGUGCAAGCUGAUGGCUGUAUUUUCUCCACACCGACCGGAUCAACCGCUUACUCCCUCUCUGCCGGUGGUUCACUCAUCCACCCAUCCAUCCCCGGCAUCCUACUUACUCCCAUAUGUCCGCACACCCUUUCUUUCCGCCCUAUGGUCUUGUCCGAUUCAUUGCUUCUUCGCAUCGCAGUUCCAAAUGGAUCUCGCUCAACUGCCUACUGCUCUUUCGAUGGCAAAGGCCGCGUGGAGCUUCGUCAGGGCGACUAUGUCACAGUAGAGGCUAGUCAGUACCCCUUCCCAACUGUGGUCUCAGGUAGCGGAGAGUGGUUCCAGAGCGUCCAGCGGGCACUACGCUGGAACACACGGGGAGCCGUGCAGAAAAGCUGGCACGGCCCCGAAGGCGAUGCCGAUUCAUCCCCCGAAGAUGAAGAAUGGGACAUUGACACCGAUGCCGGCCUAACCGGCACCGACAGCGGCGUGGGUCCUAGUGAAGAUGGGGAUGCCAUGCUAUCCACCAGUCCUAUGAGACGACAGAUGAGUCUCCUGAACAUGUAG